AUGCCCGACUGGCGGUACAACGUGCUGUCGACGAGUGAGGCGUUCAUCGAAGCCGAAGGGGGUCCACCUCGUGACCCCUUCGCCGCUAGCUAUCCUCGUCGUGCAGACCGUUCUCGACCCUUGCACACUUGCCCUUACACAACUAUCUUCCAUGGCGCGCGCUCCCACGUUCCUUACCGCCUACCACAUAGCGAUGGCGGAGAUCCCUACGCAGAUGCAUAUUCCGUAGAUAGAUCUUCAAAUUUGACCGAUACAUCGAGUUUCGCUCGUUAUGAAGACUGUCGCUCUCCCUUAGAAAGUGUCGCGCACCAAAAAGAUCUUAAUUUCUCCAACGAAAGAUUGGAUAGUAAUGACGUUGUGCAACAAAAAGUGCCAUACGCAUCUAAUGUGUUUUUUAUAUCGUCGCAAGAAGCUCAACAGAAAGAUGUAAAUGGAGCAAAUUUGUUUGUCGUGAAUGGCUCGGAGUCAGAUGCUUUGUCAUCGUGUACUUGUGACAGUUUUGAGCGAUGCGAGUUUGAUUGUAGAGACUUUGAACCUUUCUCUGAUACGUGUUGCUGCGAUCCUCUCAGUGAUGGCGUGUGCAGUCGCAGUCCGAAAGAAGUGGAAUCACCUGAACAGUUUUCCGAUGGGGCUGUGGAAGAAGAUAGGACAUCAGUGCGAAGUGACAUGGACGGGUUGGACUUAGCGUUAUUUGAGCCAGCUCAAACCGAUACUAAAGAAUAUAACACUAUCGAACAAAACAACUCGGUCCCAGCAACACUGUGUGGAAUUUUACAUGUGCUAACAGACGCAAACAAUGGUAAGUCUCAUGCUAAGGGUCCUUAA